AAUGUAUUGACCACCUGUUCUAGGUUCUUUUCCAUACUUUAUUACAUUUUGUUUUCCCGAAUAAUUUCUUUUAUUCCAUGUUUCAAUUAUUAACAAUUGUCAUUAGUAUUGUUUUUAAUAAUAAUCACUAAUCAAUCAGUAGUUCACAAUUUAUGAUAUGUCUAUAGUAUAGUUAAAUCCUCACUACCACUACAAUAUACCUAUGCACUGUGUACAUAUAUCACACAUUCUAAUUAACAUUUUUAUUUAAAAAAAAAAUUCAUGUUAUCUGUAGGUUUGAUAAUAAACUACAGAAUUACAAUUUUUUUUUAAUUUUAAAUUACUAAGUUAACAAAAAAUAUGAUGCCUAGAGGAAAAAAUGGUUAUUCCUGGGAAUUGAACUCAGGAACUCAAGAUAGUGAGCCAUUACUAGAAAGAGAUACUGAAGAUCCGGAUGAUGUAUUAUUUACAUCCCGUCCAGGCACAUCAACAUUUGUAGCUGAUAUGCUGAGUUCACAUUCUCAUAAGAUGAAUAAUCAACACAAUCAACUUGACCUCAUAUCUAAUUCAGUAAAAACUUUGAAAAAUGUUUCAGAAGAUAUAAGUGUCGAGUUAGAUCAUCAAAAUGUAAUGCUUGAAAAUUUAAGCACUGAAUUAGACAAAACAGAAUCAAGAUUAGACAUGGUAUCAAAAAAGGUGGCACAAGUUCUACAAUUGUCUGAUGACAGAAGACAAUGGAUGGCAAUUGGAAUUUUAGUUGGUAUUAUUUUAAUAACCAUCAUUCUUUUAAUUAUUUUAUAAAUUAUGUUCAAACAUUAUAUUUGGUAAAAAAAGA